AUGGGUUGCUUUCCUUGUUUUGACACAAGGGAGGAGGGAAAGCUAAAUCCUCAAAAACAGAGAGAUGGUCACAAGGAAGUCCAACCAAACAUCCCAUCCAACAUAGCAAGAUUAUCAUCUGGUGCAGACAGGGCCAAAUUAAGAAGCAAUGUUGGGCCAAGGAAAGAACCGUUGGCACCAGUAGACGCACCUGGUGCUCAAAUUGCUGCACAGACAUUUACUUUUCGUGAGCUUGCUGCUGCUACAAAUAACUUUAGGCCAGAGUGUUUCUUAGGGGAAGGAGGAUUUGGAAGUGUCUACAAAGGGCAGCUUCCCAAUGGUCAGGUCGUUGCUGUUAAGCAGUUGGAUAGGAAUGGGCUUCAGGGUAAUCGAGAAUUUUUGGUUGAGGUUCUUAUGCUUAGCCUUCUACAUCAUCCUAACUUGAUGAACUUAAUUGGUUACUGUGCUGAUGGGGAUCAGAGGCUUCUUGUCUAUGAAUUUAUGCCCUUGGGAUCAUUGGAAGAUCACCUUCUCGAUCUUCCACCUGAUAAAGAACCAUUAGAUUGGAACACAAGAAUGAAGAUAGCAGCUGGUGCAGCUAAAGGUUUGGAGUAUCUCCAUGACAAGGCAAAUCCUCCCGUUAUUUAUCGGGAUUUUAAGUCAUCAAACAUAUUGCUAGGUGAAGGAUAUUCCCCUAAGCUCUCCGACUUUGGACUUGCAAAGCUAGGUCCUACAGGAGACAAGUCACACGUGUCCACCAGGGUCAUGGGAACUUAUGGCUAUUGUGCUCCUGAGUAUGCCAUGACUGGGCAACUGACAGUGAAAUCUGAUGUUUACAGUUUUGGGGUUGUCUUCCUAGAGCUCAUCACUGGACGUAAAGCCGUUGACGGAACCCAACCACAUGGAGAACAGAACCUUGUCACAUGGGCACGGCCAUUGUUCCAUGACCGUAGGAAAUUUGCAAAAUUGGCAGAUCCACGACUGCAAGGCAAGUAUCCUAUGCGAGGUCUUUAUCAGGCUCUAGCUGUGGCAUCGUUGUGUAUCCAAGAACAGGCUGCUGGUCGCCCUCUAAUUGGAGAUGUGGUCACUGCACUUUCUUAUUUGGCAAAUCAGGCGUAUGAUACUAGUACAGCUCCUGGACAUAGCUACAGGUUCUCUGGGGACAAGGAUGAUAACAGAAACAAAGAUGAGCGAGGUGGAAAAAUAUUUAGGAAUGAAGAGGGAGGAGGAUCUGGACGCAAGUGGGACUUGGAAGGAUCUGAGAAGGAUGAUUCUCCAAGAGAAACUACGAAAAUGUUGAACAGAGACUUGGACAGGGAACGCGCAGUUGCGGAAGCUAAGAUGUGGGGUGAGAAUUGGCGGGAAAAAAGACGACAAAGUGCUCAAGGAAGUUUUGAUGGCAAUAAUGGGUACUAA